GUCACUGAAAAAGGCGGAGUCUCUCGCUUCAAACAGGAAGUAGUUUGCUUUUGCUUUUAAUGUACUUUGAGAAGUUUGUUUUCCUUCAAUGUUCAGUUGACGGCUAAAUAUUGUUAAUUUAUUUCUGUUUAACGCGCUAGCUGCAAGCAGUUAGUCUUUUGAAAAACUAAGAUAUUAAGGGCUAGAUUGCGUCGCUUUAAACGUAAACGAUAAGUUAGCUUGGUGGUUGCUAGCCGGUAGCUAAUUCACCUUUUUACCCAAGUAUGUAUAAAUAGUCUAUUAAAGUUAUAUGGUUAAAAUUGGAAAACAUUUAUGAGCCGUAAUGGAGGCGUGUUUGGGCUCGUUGCUGAAUUCGGACCUCAGCUCAGUGCUGUCAGCGUGCGAGCCUGAGCUCCAGGAGUUGAUGCGGCAGAUCGACAUCAUGAUGAGCAUGCAGAGGAGCGAGUGGGAGGCACAGAUACGGGACCUCCAGCAGCAGCUGAAGGGCGGCCAGGAGGACAUUUCCACAUCCAGGGUGAUCAUCCAGCGCAAAGACCUGGAGAUUGGAGUUCUCCGCAAGCAGGUGGAGGACAUCCAAGCCGGACGACAUGACUUGGCAACCAAGUAUGAGAAGCAGCUGGGAAAAGUUAGUGAGGAGCUGGACAAAUUAAAGAGGAAUUAUCAGAAGCUUGAGCGCCGACACGUAAAGAAGGCCAUCACUGAGGAAUCCAAAGAUGAGGACGUGUCUGAAGUCCGGGUGCUAAAGGAGAAGCUUGAGGAGUACAGUCAGAGGUUGGUGGUCUACCAGACGCAGCUGGCAGAGUUGGAGGCCCACAAGAACAAUCUAAAUGAGGAGCUUGCACACGUCAAAGCACAGCGUGCAUCCGAGCGCCUCCACGCCGACUGCUGCAUGGAUGCUCAGCGGAUGCGUUCUCAGCUGGAUAAAGUUCACCAUGACCUACACCUGCAGGAAAUGGAACUGGAACGCUUCCGAGCCCUGGCAAACACGAGGCUGUCGAACGACCGUUGGCAGCGACAGGAUAAGACGGAGGAGAUCGAAAGGCUUCACAAAGACGUCAGCACGCUCAAACACAUGCUGCACGACAAAGAGCGAGCGAUAAACUCAUUGGAGGAGUGCUUGACAUCUCACGACGCGGGGAAGCUUCGCGAGGAUCUCCAGAGGGCCUCCGCGGAGCUCGACCGCGCUCGCACGUGCGAGGCUCACCUCAACGCGCAAGUGACCCGACUCAAAGAGAGAUUGGAAGAAACCAGCGUCCAGCACGCAAAGGUCCAACAAGAAGCCAGGGUGCUAAAAGACGCCUUUGAUACUUCAGUAGCAGAAGUGAAAAGGCUGCGAGAGGAGCUGUCGAGGGCGGAGCAGCGGCACAGCGGAGACACGGAUGACGCGAGGAAGCAGGCUGAGGCGUCGUCUGGUGCAUCGUUGGCCUCCCACAGGGAAAGCAGCGGAACGGAGCAGCCCCAGCUGAGGCCGGAGCUCACGCAGACGACGCGCCCGAGGCCCGCCGGGGACGGGCCGACCUCGCAAGGACACACCGCAGACGACCCUGCCAAGACGGUUGCGGAAAGCAGCAGUGUCAGCGAGGGAACUCCCUUUGACGGCGACAUCCAGCGUUUGUUCACUCAGCUUCGCCCGACGGGCUCCCGGCACCCGCCCGGCGAGCAGUCGGCGCUGACCAAGCGCGCUCUGGAGGGACGAAGCUUCAUCUCGCCUUCGCCGCCGGAUGCUUCUCAGGUGGAGGCCACCGUGUCGCAUUACCUGGAAAAGGAGAUGCUUCACUCCAAGGAGCUUCUGCACAAGAUGGACACGCACAUCCUCGGCAUGGGCGACAGCCACGCUGCCACCGUGGCCAAGUUCCUCAAUGCCAAGACAUCGUGAAGGUGGAGCAAAAACUCUUUCUUUUAGUUUUUUUUAAACACUUUGCACAUUAAACAUGUCUGAAAAGUGACAAGAAUUCUGCUAGAUCUCGUUUUUUUCUUUUGCCAGGAAAUUCCUAACAGAUUUUUUUUUUUUUUACCUUGUAGUUCUGCUGUAAAAAUGAAUUGUUUUCACUCCAAAUAUGAAUGUAAAUUGUGCUAAAAUAUAUACAUGUGCCCCCUGAAUUACAUCUAAUUUUAUAUAGGUAAAAAGUACAGCAUUAAAAAAGAUCUGUCUCAAAAUA